CUAAAAACGAAUCGGAUGGGCUUAGGAAGGGAUGGAAAUAGCAUCUCGACAGCCACAUCCAGAGACGAGUCGUGCUCUCGUAUCUCGCCCUCUCCUGAUCCUUCAACAUCGGCAUCUCAAAAGUCGAGUGUUGCCCUUUCAGUGAGAGGAUAUAACCGAUCGACUUGAAGUUCCUUUAAAACUUACUUCCAUUCCAAAUAAAUGGCAGAAAAUGACACCAUGGAAAAUGGUGGGGAGGAAUACAGCCCAGUUGAAUCACCUACUUUAGUGAACAUUCGGAGAAGAGACGAUAUAUGGCCGCCAAAAACGUCAAGUGUAAGGUAUUUGCCAAAGACGGGAUUCUCACCUACCAUUUUGGCAGAAAGAGGCCAAGGCAAAAAGUUCGUAUGGCCCCCUGAGAACGAAAAUGCUCAACCACACACUAGCCAAGUCGGUCACUUGCCAACAGGAUCUGCAGACCAAGCCUGGAAUCCAGAAGCCAACGCUCUGGGCAACAGACCACCGCCUUUCGCGCCACGCACUGCCCCCACUCGACGAUGCACAGACGACGUGUGGCCACCCAAAGGCAGUGAGUACCAGCUCAGACACCAUUCUUCACCCAAGCCCGUGAAAACACUAGGACGAUUCGAGGACUACAUCAAGUGCCGACAUGGUCCUUCUGUGCCACCUACCUACAGGACGCCACCUGGUACUCAACACAUACAGGUGACUCAUAUUGAAGGGGAAUUCAUCCACGAAUCAAAGACGACGACGACCACAGCUUUAACGAACAGCACAUAUGUAAGGAGGGAAGCGCAGAUGACAACUCAACCCAAAGAGGAAGAAGUUGAAGAGGAAGAGGAAGAGGUUGAAGAGGAAGAGGAAGAAGAGGAGGAGGAGGAAGAGGAAGAAGGCGAAGAGGAGGAGGAAUAGAAAUUAAAAAAAAAAAAAACACUGAGUGUGAUAUAAAAAAAAAAAUUGCCUUGCAAACUAAGCACGUCACCGUAUUUGUUUUUGAAAUGCGUAGCAUCAUUGCUAAACAUAAUGAUUACUCCCUAGCUCAAAACAGUUUCAGCCACAAAUGCAUACAUUUAAAUAUCGAUUAAGUGUUCUGAAAAAAAAAUAUAACAUUAAAGUAAAAUUUAAAAAAAAAAGUUAAGCUUUGUUAUGCAACGGACAAUUUUCUGUGUAAAAAGAGUCUUCAAUAAAGCCUUUUUUCUUUGGAA